GUAUAUGAUACUACAACAAUGCCAGUUCUUGAAGAAGACAGCCAAGUUAAUAAUAAUAGUAGUAGUGAACGGGAUAUCUCACUAGUGAAAAAAGCGGAUUGCAAUUUACGCAAACUAUUGUUAGAGGAUACAUUUGACGUUGCACCAACUGGUCUGACAUUCUGUUUCGAUCGUGAAUUAUUUCUUAAUGAUGAUUUUAAUUCCGAUGAUUUUAUAUUAGAACAACAUUGUCGUGGUAUAUCACUAGAAAGAUUACGUGAUGAUCUUUUACAAUAUUCAAAUAUUCUUAAGUCUAGUUUAAUUGAAUUAAUCAAUCAAGAUUAUGCUGAUUUUGUAAGUUUAUCGACAAAUCUUGUUGGAUUAGACAAAUCAAUCAAUACAAUAGCUAAACCAUUGAAACAACUACAAUCAUAUAUAUCAUCUGUUCUAAAACAAUUAGAAUCUGUUGAUGAAGAAUUAUCCACCAAAUUGAAAUCCCUUCAACAAAUCAAAAAUGAGAAGGAUUUUGCAAAUAGUUUAUUUACAUUAGAUACGUGCGUAUCACGAUUGGAGCGUUGGUUAACUCAACCAAAUCAACAAAUAGCUAAUAAAAAACCAGCUAAUAAUAGUAAUGAUAAUAAUAACAAUCAAUUACCGAAUAAACAGAAUGAUAAUGAAAAAGUAUCAAUGGAUGCAAAUAAUAAUGAAUCAAUAGAUGAAUGGCCAGCUGAAUUCUAUGCCGAUUGUUCUUUACAUGAAGAUACUGGACAACGUAUGGAUCGUGUUGCUAAUGAAUACAUUAAACUUCAAUUUUUUGUUAAAAAAUGUCGUGAUCAUCCAAUUCUGAAUUCUUUAAAAUCGCGUAUUCAUUGGAUAACAGUCAAUUUACAAGAACAAUUAGAAACUCGUUUAAAAGAAGGCUUUGAAACAUGCGGUUUUAUUACAGCUACAAAAAACUCUACAAUAUCAAGACGUUCCGUGGAACAGUUGAGACAAGUCAUCUCUAUUUAUUUAGCUAUUGAUAAACUGUCCGAUUUAAUGCUACUCUAUCGUAAAUAUGUACUACAUGACAAGCUUAGUCAGAUCUUCAUCCCUCGACCUGAACUAACUCAUGCAGGUUCUGAUAUCCAGUUGGCUGUUGACACAUUGAAUACAAUGUAUACGAAUGCUCUGGAGAUUCUUGAUUCACAACUUUGUCUUGUUAAAGAACAUAUUAUCAGAUGUUCAGUAGAAAGUUCUGAACCUCUUUGUGAUUUCGACUGUUUAGUCGAAGGAUUUUGGCCAGAAACAAUUGAUUUAAUUUGUGAAAAUUUACCAGAAAUAUUUUCUCCUGGUCAUCCAGACAGAUUUUAUUCAUUGUAUUCUGUAAGUAUGCAUUUUGUUGAAUCAGUAGAAGCUAAAACUUGGUCGCAUAAACAACUUAAUGCAUUGCGUAAUCAUGCAUCAUAUUCCAUGUUCAUCAAUAAAUGGAGUUUACCUGUUUACUUUCAAAUAAGAUUUCAGGAAAUAGCUGCAAAUGUUGAAAAUGUUAUGAAAAAUGGUUUAAAAGAAAUAAAAAGUAGUGAAAAAUCAUGUUUACUUGAUGUAACUGAAACUGUCAUUAGUCAAAUUGAUCGUUGUUGGCAGAAAGGAAUCUAUGUGGAUAAAUUAAUGCAUAGAUUUUGGAAAUUAACUCUACAAAUAAUAAGUCGUUAUUCAAGUUUUAUUGAUGAACAAAUUAAAUCUACGAAUGAGAAUUCCACCCCCACUUCUUCUCAAUUAUCAUCACCUGAUACAUCCAUCAAUUCGUCUACAUUACUACAAACAAAACCAUCAUCAUCAUCUAAUGAAUGUUCUCCUGAACUAUUAAUCUUUUUACUAGUUGAUUCCUAUCGAUUAAUUGAUUAUAUUCAUUUAGAAUUAAAAGAGAAAAUUUUCACCUGUCUUAAUCACCGCUUAAAAUCAUCAUCAUCGUCAUCACCACUGUGCAGUGAAAAUGAAAUUGUCAAUUGUAAAACUAUGCUGACAGAAUGUUUAGAACAAUCAUGUGAACGUCUGACUACAUCGAUUGAUCCAAUAAACAAUCUUAUCAUAGAGAGAAUUCAGCAAAACUGUUCUGUCCAUAUUCGUCAAGUAUUAGAUAUACCACGUCAGUAUCGGUGGACUAAUCGAGAUUUUGCAACAACUCCAUCAUCUUAUGUAUCAAAUUUAGUGAAUCCUUUAAAGAAAUUUUCUGAUUUAGCAUCAAAUUUAUCCAAAUCACUAACAAGUACUGAAGCAUGUUUAACUAAAUUACUACAACAGUGUGUCACAAAAAUUACUAAUGACUAUACAAUUCAGCUAUCUGAAGUGUCUACAUCAGUAAGGAAAAUGGAAGAUAGUCUACGUAGACUAAGAGAAGUUCGAAGGGGAAGUGUACAAACACAAAAUGCAAAUGGAUUUCAGUCAGAUGAUAAAAUUCGUCAUCAAUUAUACUUGGAUGCUAAAGCUUAUAGUGAUGAGGUUAAAAAGUUAUGGAAUGUAAAUAAUACAGACUGUACAAAUGAAUUGGAUACUUUUAUAGAACAAAUAGACAAUUCAAAAUAAUUUCUUUUUUAAAAAAACGAAAAAACCACCACUACAACAACAAAAGGAGAAGAACUAGG